AUGGGCAUCGGAAGUUACUUCAAGGCGAGCAGCAAGCCCGAGCAGCCUGCGGCUGCGCCGCCUCGCGCCCACAAGCCUAAACAGCCGUCAGCGGCUUCAGAGAAGCCGCCAUCAGACCGCUUUGUCGGGAACGACAUGGAACUUCAAGCGCCCACCCCGCGCUUUAGCUCGCGUCCCCAGUCUGUCUCGGGUCGCUCCACAAAGUCUGCUGCCAGCAGCAUGUUCCUCGACGACAUUAAGCAUGAAGUCAUGGUCAACUACCUGUACCAACAGCAGUGUUCCCACCUUUGGGUCAGCGAUGGGUCUGGCGAGAUCGAGGGCGUUUUGCUGACGAACCACCGAGGCCAGUACAUGGCGUGCCCGCCUCAACUGGGCAGCUCUCCCUUUGCACAAGCCGCUGCCGCCCUGAAUGUUCAGUGCGCCAUGACUGUCAACUCCCAACAAGUUUGCUUGCCUUUUGUCGUCUUCGAAGGCCUUCUGAUCGUGUGGGACGAUGACGCACUCCACCUGAUUCCCCGAGCCAAGGCCAUCGAGUCCGAACUCAUGGAGCUCGUGUGGAAGGCAGGCAGCGAAGAAGAGGAAGAAGGCGGCGAGAAACGCGACCCCAACGUGGCUGAAGUCGAGAUUGACGAAGAGAGCGGCGAGAUCAUCCCUGAGAGGCGCCCCGUUCAUCUCAUGAACACUUGGCUCGUCACUUUCACUCUGAUCCUCGUCACCGUGGCUCUCGGCGCUGCCUGGAGGUCUCUCGCCCUCCAGAUUGCCGUGGACGGCAAUUACGUUCGUCUGGCUCUCAUCUCCCUCUUCCCCAUCCAGGUGUUCUUCACGCUCUUCUUCGCCCAGGUCAUCAUUGGCUGCUUGGCCCAGAUCUUUGGUCCCAUCCGCCAACUGACCAUCAACUCAAAGUUUUACUCUGCUCGCCCGCCCCCCAGACUGCAGGGCAACAUCCUGCCUCAUGUUACCAUCCAGUGUCCUGUAUACAAGGAGGGUUUGGCCGGUGUCAUCGUUCCCACGGUCAAGUCCAUCAAGCAGGCCAUGUCCACAUAUGAACUGCAGGGUGGCUCUGCCAACAUGUUCGUCAACGAUGACGGUCUGCAGCUUCUCUCCGACGAGGAGCGCCGUACGCGCAUCGAGUUCUACGCCGACAACAGCAUCGGCUGGGUCGCACGCCCGAAGCAUGGCGAGGAUGGCUUCAUCCGUGGCGGCAAGUUUAAGAAGGCGUCCAAUAUGAACUAUGGCCUCAUGGUCUCUUGCAAGGUCGAGGAGAAGCUGCUUGCAAUCAACCGUGGUCCCGAAUGGUCGCAAAAUGAUGAAGCUGAGGCGUACGAGCUAGCUCUCAAGGAGACGCUCGAGGAGAACCCUCGCGCCUGGGCCGAUGGCAACAUCCGUGUUGGCGACUAUAUCCUCAUUAUCGACUCUGACACGCGUAUCCCCUCAGACUGUCUUCUCGAUGCUGUUUCGGAGCUGGAGCAAUCUCCCGACGUUGGCAUUAUGCAGUUCUCAUCUGGUGUCAUGCAAGUUGUCAACACAUACUUCGAGAACGGUAUCACGUUCUUCACCAACCUCAUCUACACAGCCAUUCGUUACACCGUCGCCAACGGUGAUGUCGCGCCCUUCGUCGGUCACAACGCCAUUCUCCGUUGGAGUGCCAUUCAGCAGGUGGGAUACUUUGACCAUGACGGCUACGAGAAGUUCUGGUCCGAAUCCCACGUCUCGGAGGACUUUGACAUGUCCCUACGUCUUCAAUGCAACGGCUACAUCAUUCGUCUCGCUGCUUGGGCCGGUGAUGGCUUCAAGGAGGGUGUGUCGCUGACCGUUUACGACGAGCUCGCCCGUUGGGAAAAGUAUGCCUAUGGUUGCAACGAGCUGCUGUUCCACCCUAUCCGCACUUGGCUCUGGAGGGGUCCUUUCACGCCACUGUUCCGCACAUUCUUGUUCAGCAACAUUCGCUUCACCUCCAAGAUCACCGUUGUCUCGUACAUUGGUACUUACUACGCCAUCGGAGCUGCCUGGAUCAUGACGGCUGCCAACUACUUCGCCAUGGGUUGGUUCAACGGAUACCUCGAUCAGUACUACAUCGACUCGUGGAAGGUCUGGUUCUCCAUCGUCAUCGUCUUUAAUGGUCUCGGUAACAUUGCUCUCGCCGUUAUGCGUUAUCGUAUCGGCGAACGCAGCCUGCUGUGGUCGCUCUUCGAAAACUUCAAGUGGACCAUUAUGCUUGCGAUCUUCCUUGGUGGUCUCAGCUUGCACGUCAGUCAGGCUCUGCUGGCGCACAUGUUCGAAGUCAACAUGACCUGGGGAGCGACAUCCAAAGAGGCCGAGUUCUCCAACUUCUUCAUCGAGGUGCCCAAGGUUCUUAAGAAGUUCAAAGUUUCGAUGAUCUUCUCUUUGACCUUUAUUGCUGCUAUGAUUAUCCUCGCCGUGGCAGAUUUCGUGCCUCACGACUGGCGUAUCACCGACUUUGUUGCCAUUCUGCCCAUGGCCACUGUCGCCGCGAGUCAUUUCCUCCUACCCAUCGCCCUCAACCCAGCUCUCAUGACUUUCUCAUGGUAAAGGCGAGGCUCAACAUGCACAAUACACGCCAUAUAUACGGCAAAGCAACUGAAAAAAAAAAAUCCCUUCCAAACAUGAUGAAUCGCGAUCGCCUCACGGGGCAAACAGCUUGAGCUGUGUACAUACGCGAAAUAGGCGUUGACGGAAUGCCGGGAUUUAUAGACCUGGGACCAUAUUGGCGUUGGGUUGAAACUUGAUCUUUUUUCGCACAUCUACAUGAACCACUUAGAGUCCACCUUGGAUACAUAGCACCGCGCAGACAGGACGCGGCGAACAGAGGGAGAGGCUACGUACGUAGUGACGACGGGAGCUCCCGGGUUCCCUCGCAUCGUACCGCUUCAUCUUAACUUUAAAUUCUUACGAGAGAAUCACAGGGGGCCAGGCUCAGCUCUAGACUCGAUAACUUGGCCGGGGGCGCUUGAGAAAGCGCGGGAGUGUUGUUCACUAGGGCAGAUUGCCCGAGGAACCAGAGAAAUUGACGACUACUCUACAUGA